AUGAGAGCAAUUGCCGCCUGCACCGAAGAUGACACUGGUGCUGGUGAACCUGAAUUGCCUGAGGUCGAACAGACCGUAGCGGUCGAGCUGGAACAGCCACCUGCUCCGGCGCAGCAAAGUGCUAGAUCUUCUGUGGCCCGCAGAUCUACCUCUACAGGAGUAGAACAUUCCGCGAAAUCUCCAGCCAAUUCUGCUUUAGCCAAUUCUGCUUCUUCGAGCAAAGGGGGCUCCCGGAGAGUAUCGCCGGCUAGGAGGUCUAUUGGCAGUACAACUUCCCCACACACAGCUCGCCACGCAGCCAAGCACUUGCGGAAGCGACUAUCAUCGGACGGCUCAACAAUCCAAGUCUCUAUAGUGCAUGAAUGGUUGGACGAGAUGCUGGCGGAUGGGCAUAUUCCGCCCCAAGAAUUGAUGAAGGCAGUUAUAGCCGUUACAUCGGAGGGAGUCAGAUUUGUCGACAGAACCGUGCCAUCCACAAGGACAGAUCUUCUAAGGAGAGCUGCAAAUCACCUCAGCAUAGGGUCAUCGGAUUUGCGACGGCUAGCGCAGGAAGUGAAGGGCGACCCUUUGUUAGCACACCAAGGGCCUUCGGGUGGUGCGCAGCCAUUCCAAUCUGAGUUGCACAAGGACUACAGCACACGCGAGAAACGGGGAUUUCGCACGCCAUCGCCUGGCCCCCAGAUGCUAACUCCAACGGCCAGUUCGCCAGAACCAUUUGAGACUUCUGGGUGGGCAAGUGCAUCAGAUGCAUCAAGUGUCCCUGACCCCGUUGAGCCCGCUGAAGUAUUUGAGACUCCCGAGUCAGUCGGAACCCAGGCGCCUUUGACGACGCCGUUGCCAGAGCUGGAAGUACCAACGUCUGACGGGCCAAAGUCUGAAGGUAGCUCAGAAGGUGAUGAAUUUGAGCAUUACAGUCCUCCCCAAAGUAAUUGGCUGAUGAACUUAGAGGAGUUGCUAAGGGCUUCUCCGCCGCCGACACCUUCCCCUCAAACUGACGAACCCCUCCAGUUCUCGCCGGAAACUCAAAAGUUACUGGCCUCUAUUCCAUCUCUGCCAGGAAAGCCGAUACCAGAGUCCACUAAAGAGCUGCUGGACUACUCUCCCUAUGUUGGUGUUGCACCGAAGUGGAUGCCAUCCGUUGAUGAGGAACCAGUGGAAGAGAGCCGUAGUGGCUUAUUAUCCCCGACGGAUGCGAGUGACGAACCCAUCGACGAUCUUGCAAAGCAGGUAGACGACAUCAUUGCAGAGCUACAGGAGCCCUCUGAAGCUGAAUAUCAGUUAGUAUUCGGGGAAACUUCACCAGGUCUGGACACCAAAGAAGGGCCAUAUGUGGAAGGAAUGGAGGCAUCGAGUCCGGUUGGAAAAUGGUCGUCACCGCUGGACAAGGUUGCGGACGGGUUGAUGGGAGGGAGAGAGCCAGAGAAUGAAGGGUCCCUCUUGGAAGACGGUUCCCGGCAACCCCUCGGCACGAGUGAGGAGGCAGUUCAGACACCCUUGCAUCAGCCUGAUAAAAAUGACGAGAGCUUACCGCAGACUUCCUCACUGCCAAUGAGCAAGGGGGAAGCUGCGUUGGAGCUGCCGCCGCUGCCGCUUAUAAGUAUACCAGCGUGUACUACAGGCAGCAGGUGUGAUAGCUUAAAAGCAAGGCAUACGCCUUUAACCACCGAUGUUCAAUCAAGCCGGCCGAGACUCUGGGAAAGGACAAAGGCUGCUGCCGCCGAACACAAAACACUACUCAAAAUGACGGGAGGGCUAGCCUUUGGGGCUCUGUUAAUUGCAGGAUUUGUGGCACUUAAUAGACGGCUGCACCGCCGUCUGCCUAUUUCGAGUCCUCUCAUUAGCACAGUGGAGCCGAAGAAGUGCCACGUGCUUGUUGACUUCGCCAAGGGGAGAAGAUUAAAGGCCAUGGGUAGAGUGGCAAGCGUUGAAAGAGUAGAAGUGAACAACACGAGCAGGACGCUGACCGUGGAAUACCUGGAAAAGCCCGCUUUACAGUGCUCGCGUGGUCGCGAAAUUUUCAACUGGUUCAAGUAUUUUUCCUCUUUCGGGAGGAACCUUGUCCGUCGAGUAGAACAAAUCCGUGUCCCGGAUUCGUGCAUGGCUGGACCUUACUCGAAGUUUCAAGUUAAGGAAGACAAGGGAGCUUCUGCCCGCUUACUUGUGGACCUUGAUAUGAACCCAGGCCCGCUGGCUGUGCCCAGGGAGUUGAUGGAGGCUACGGAUCUAGAGGAACUUCUAUCGAACUAUGGAAAGGACCCCACGUGGAAGGUGUACGAUGACUGUGUGAUGCACAUCACGAUCGACAGACCUUUUAGGGGUUCCCCAAUCGUUGUGGUAGAAAGUGCUCGUGCCCGAGUAGGAUUCCAAAACCCAGAGCUGCAGCACCUCAGCAGUCCUCUACCCAGAGAAUGUGACUGGAUGAAGCCCUGGACGCUUCGUAUUGCUUACAAGAGUAAUAACGGUGGCCCGGUGGACCUAUUGCUGCUGAUGAGUGCAGCUGUUCCGCCUCUGGAAGAAACCAUAGUCCUCGACAGGGAAGCCGGGGAUGCAGCUUUAGACGACCCCGAUGACAUUUUGGAGGACAUACGCGGGUUAUUUGGGGAAUGA